AUGAAAAUAAUUUUAACAUUAUCAAUUUUUUUAAUUUGUUUUUUACAACUUGGGCAAUCAAUUAUUGAUCCAUCCCAAAAAGAUGUAAUGUCAGAUUUAUUGUUUAAUAUGUACGGUUAUAGUAAGGGUCUAGAUCCAUGUGAUAAUUCAGCAUAUGUUAUAUGUGAUUAUAUCAAUUCAACAAGCACCUUUAAAACUGUUAAAGAGUUACACCUAGGUACUCCCUUACAAGAAUAUGUAAUCACUCAAGAUUUAUCCCCACUCCAAAAUUUAACCUAUUUGCAAUUAAAUUAUAAUAAUAUUUAUUUAAGUUCUUCUUUUUUUAAUUAUGUUAAUAAAUUUUCUCAACUUUUGAGAAUAUAUUUAGGAUCCUAUAAUGAAACAAUUCCAGAUGAUACAAUUUUCCCAGCAAGUUUAGAAUCAUUUUUAAUUUAUAAUCCUUCAGCUCCUUUAGGUAGAGCAAUUUUUGAAUCAACUAUUAAAAAUAUAUUUAUUUACUCUCCUUUAACUGGUUUCAGUUAUCCAACUUUAAUAAAUGUCAAUCCAUAUCUUGAAUAUCUUGCACUUCCAGUAACUUUCUAUUCAGGUUUUCCUUCAAAUAUAUCUCGAGUAUUCACAAAUUUAAAUAAAUUGGAAAUUCGAGUAUUUAAUGAUAUGAAUGAAAAUAAUUACAAAAACUUCUCCAUUUCAAACAUUGGAGUUUUCAAAAAUUUAAAAGGUUUAGAUUUUGAAUUUAAUGAUGGUGAUAAUUCUCAAGAGUUAUAUAUUCAUUCAUUCUUAUCAAAUGUUCCAUUUAUUAAUUAUAUAUAUAUAUAUGGUCUAGGUGCAACUAUUGACCCAUCUGCCGGUAUUUUAGAUCUUUCAUACAUUAAAGCUGAUAAUAAUUUCGAAUUAGAAAUUGAUUCAAGUUCAAUAUUAAACAAUUGUAAAGGCACUUGUAUUAAAUUUCCUAAAUAUUCAUCAUUCAAUUCAUAUUAUUGCGCAUUUUCAUAUAAUGCUAUUGAUUUUUCAAAUCUCGUAUAUUUCAAAGAUCUUUAUAAUGAGCAUGAACAAAAUUUACCAAAUAUUGAUAAUGCUCCAUUACUUGAUGAAAUUUACAUAUCCUAUUCUGUUGUUGUCGGUGAUAUUCCUGAAUCAUAUUGUAGGUUAAAUAAAUUAAACCUACGUAAUAAUGAACUCGAUGGAACAGUGCCAUCAUGUAUUCAAUGUCUUGGUGGUGUCAAAGGUGGUGAUAUAGUUUUACCAAAUCCACUAUUAAAUUUCAAUAAAACUUCUGAACCAUAUUGCCCAAAUUUCAAAAUUGAUCAAAAUUAUACAAAUUUAGUAGCAACUGAUGGAACUGGAAAAAUAAUAAUUACUGGUACAAAUUUAGGUUGGGAUGGAAAUGGUUUAACACCAAUUAUCGCAAAUUCAAAAUUAGCUAUUACCAUUCCAAAGGGUGUUGGUACAAAUAAGAGCAUUAAUGUAACUUUCCAAAAUGGUGAACUAAGAACAUUUAAUUAUAGUUACAUUCCUCCUUUCAUUAAAUCUUACGCUAUUAUAGAGCUUUUCGGUCAGAAAUAUUUCACAAUAAAUGGUACUGGUUUCGAUUUUAAUGAUUCUAAUAACAUCACUAUUAAUGGUCAACAAAUUACAUUUUUUAAUGCAUUGGGAGGAGGUGAUAAUGAUGGUAUGAUAGAAUUGUAUUUUAUUGAAUUACCAAAUUUGGCUACUGAGAGUAAUUUUACAGUAUCUGCACUUGUAGGUGGUCAAAGUUCAAAUGAAGUUACAUUUUAUUAUUUCAACUCAAUCAAUAUUACUGAAGAGAAAUUAGUUUUAAAUAAUACAGGUGGUUCAGUAGAUAUUAAUGGUUUAUUCGGUACUAAUAAUACAUCAUUAGUUUCAGUCUCAAUCAAUGGUAUCAAUUGUUUAGUUACAUCAUACACAAACUCAAAAUUAACAAUUCAAUAUCCAUCGAAUCAAGUUGGUGAUAAUUAUGUUUUAACUUUGAAUGUUGGUGGUUAUGCAGUUAAUCUUGUUGUUGAAUACAUUGAAGGCGGUGAAACUCCAACACCAUCAACAACACCAUCAACAACUCCAUCAACAACACCAUCAACAACACCAUCAAUAACACCAUCAACAACACCAUCAACAACACCAUCAACAACUCCAAGUUCAGCACCAACUCAAUCACCUGGUGAUGAUGGAUCAACAUCUUCAACAUUAUCAAUUUCAUUUUAUUUAAUUACUUUGUUAUUAUUAACUCAACAAUUAAUUUAA